AUGGUUUCAUUGGUUCCUGCUGUAAACACUUAUCUGACUAGCACUCUAGUUCCAUCUGUAAAACUGGGGCCAAAGACAAAGGGUAUGGAAUUACGAUAACCAGAUGAAGUGUUUAAAUUACUAGGUUCAUUCCAGCAUAUUCAUCAGCUGACGAUCCAUGUUUUAUUUUUAAUAUACACAAACUAUAGGCUAUGUAGUAUUAAUAAUUGUUUUGUUUCAUCCUUCCCAGAUUCAGUGGCAUGUUUGGAGACCUGCACAGUGGCUCAAAGAGUGGGGAGAGGUCAGAAUGCAACUGUGACAUUCAAACAUUUUGGGACAACUGAAAGUCCAACGCCUGGAUACAGAUCUCAGGGACUUGGAACAAACCCCCCAUUCCAAAGAGCUGAUCAACAGAACUUCCAAAACAUCCCAUCAAUCUCAGACCAAUUGUAUCACAAUGGCAGCGACCAACCCCCACCGCCUCCACUACCCAUUAGUCCCUGCGACCAACCCCCACCACCUCCACUACCCAUUAGUCCUUGCGACCUGCCCCCACCACCUCCACCGCCCAUAAGUUCCAGCAACCAGCCCCCAUCACCCUUUAGUUCCUGUGUCCAACCUCCACCACCCUGUAGUUCUUGUGUCCAGCCUUCAUCACCUUUUAGUUCCUGUGUCCAGCCUCCAUCACCCUUUAGUUCCUGUGUCCAGCCUCCACUACCCUUUAGUUCCUGUGUCCAACCUCCAUCACCCUUUAGUUCCUGUGUCCAGCCCCCACCGCCUCCACUACCCUUUAGUUCCUGUGUCCAGCCCCCACCGCCUCCACUACCCUUUAGUUCCUGUGUCCAACCUCCAUCACCCUUUAGUUCCUGUGUCCAGCCCCCACCGCCUCCACUACCCUUUAGUUCCUGUGUCCAACCUCCACCACCCUUUAGUUCCUGUGUCCAACCUCCAUCACCUUUUAGUUCCUGUGUCCAGCCUCCAUCACCCUUUAGUUCCUGUGUCCAACCUCCACCACCCUUUAGUUCCUGUGUCCAGCCCCCACCGCCUCCAUCAACCUUUAGUUCCUGGACACCUAAUUUACCACCACCAUUCACUGGUUCAAUUUCAUUCCUGGAAGACAAUGGACUGGUUACUUACCCUAUGCAUUUACAGAUCCCAAGCCAUGCUGGAACAGCUCAAAUUGACCAUAAUAAACUCCACUCAGGUAACCAAGUCCUGUCUUGUCAACAAGUUCCAAACACCCUGUCCACGAACCAGGAUAACUUACGGCGACAGUCUACAUCUGCAACAGGUGCGUUGGAACCGCUCUCUACUAUAG